GACGUUCAUAAAUAUAUGGCUGCGUGUGUGAGGCUACGGUGACAGCUGGCUUAGACUCCAUCUUUAGAAAUAUUAUAUCUCUGGUUUGUGGAGCCCAUUAUUUUAUUGCCAACCUGACAAAGUGUCAUUACUGCCAUUGCCAACUGCCGUGGCUUCCUUCGUUCCUUUACUUCAUACGCCACGCUUCCGCCAUUUUGUUGUUGUUUGUUGGGUUUAACUGUACGUGAUGGGCGCACUUUGACUGUCAGUAAUGAUUAUUAUUUAAAAUUACAAGUAUUAUGGAAUUAAUGGGGGACAAAAGAGGACGUUCAGUAAUGGCUUGAUAUUUUAUUAUAUUAUGUCGCGGGUCGCGCAAUGCACAAAUAUUAGCUAACGACUGGCGGCCAACUCAAUUUGCAUAUCGGUGGUGGAUUUGCAAUCUUCGCCGCCCUAGGCCACAGGCCCUGUAAUGUCCCAGUUAGGGAAGUUGACCUGCAUCAAUGAUAACUUUAACUUAUUGAGGGGCAUGUGAGCAGUAACUAUGAGCUGUUGGAGCAUUUAGGCACCAGGCUAUCUGAGGCGACUCACUUGAUCCAUAAGUUUUGAAACUGCUUUUUAAUAGAGUUGCCUCAUGCUACCUCGGCAACAUCCAUCAACAUCAGCAUUGGGACCAUUAAAAUCACCGUCCUCUUCUGAUGCUGGAUCUGGACAUACUCAAAACACGGAACAAAUCUGCCGAGAAUACAUCAGGGGCAAUUGCACCAAAUAUGGACAGUGCAAAUAUCGCCAUGAGCUCGAUACAAAUAGAAUGAAAGAGAUCUUACAGUUUUGCCACGACUAUCAAAAUCGAAACGGCUGUACACGUAAAAAUUGUAAAUUUCUUCACGCCAGCAAAGAAGAGCAAAAUACGUUUCUUGCAACAGGGCAAAUCCCUCGCGCCCUAGCUGAGAAACACGCCGCCUCGGCCGCUGCCGCCUCCAACAUGCAAUCGAACGCAGCUAAUGCAGAGACAAUUCCACAAAUUGCUAUGUUUAUUAGCGAAUCGUACAUGUCGCAACCGCCGCCCGCUCCCUGGCCGCCGCUGCCACCUCCGCAAGCCGUGCUGGCGCCGGUGGCGACUGCGCCGCCGCCACCGCCGCCGGCGUCAUCGCCGCCUAGGCACGCCGCAGGCCCAUCUGUCCCGUCAGCCCAACAGCUCCCUCCGAUGUCCGCCCCCGCGCCUUCCGUUUCUCAACUUCGCCCGGUAGCCACAACUUACUCUGCAAUGCCACAACAAACAUUAUUCUCAAUUAACCAGCCGGCGAUUGUGGUACCGGAAAAGUUUGACCCGUCGAAGCCGCCCCCUCCGCUGCCGUCGCACAUACAGCCCACUAACAACGGCUCCUUAAAAAGAAAAGUUGACACUAACGGAAACGCUGCAACAAGCAAGAUUCGGAAACCUGAUGGCCCUGAAGUGUCAGAGCAACACUGCGAAUGCUGUGUCCAGCGAGAAUUAAGAAUUGACGGGUACAAGCAGCAGAUGGAAGCAUUACACAAUGAGGAAGAGACGCAAAUUUUAUUAUAUAAAAAGAAAUUACAGGAAUAUGAAAUUGGGAGAGAUAUCUUAAAAAAACUUGUUGGGCCAGAACUGUUCGCCGUAUUUGACAAUCUGAUUGAGGGGGCUCAGGCACCACAACUGGAUAAUUCGGUGUCUUUUAAUUCGGAUUCACCAACUGUGUCUAUGCAGGCUGUUAGACAUCUAUUUAACAUGCUGCUCGGCGGCGGCACUAGAAAUAUCAUCGAUCCGGUUCCUUCAACAUCCCAUAUGGACGAAACGUUGCAGUCCCUUACAAGACGGCAUAAUGUCGGCUACAAUAAUGCUGGACCAGACUUGAUCAAAUUCGUCACUGAUACAUUAAGGAGUAGUAAUAUAGCAGAGAGAUCACCGUCAGUAGAAGAACGCCCAAGUGAACCGACGCUAAACAACAGAACAAAUGGCUAUUUAGCAAAUGGGCAAAAACCUCACACAAGCACAAGCGAACCUACGAGGUAUGGCGCAGCCGCUGGGUACGCUGGGCCCAGCGUGCAGGUUCCGGACUUCGGAGCCCGUGCGCACCAAGCGAUGCCCAACUACCCCGUGGCGGGCCCCAGCGGGUAUGCAGGCGCCCCUCCGCCCGCGCCGCCGCCUGCCAGCUACAUGUACCACCCGGCCGUCCCGCCACCGAACCGGCAUUACUACCCUCAGAACCCUGCUGUGUCCGGUACUGGCGGCAUGCAGUACAAUGGCACAGAGAGAGCGCCCGGCCCGGGCCCGGUCCAAGGGAUGCAGCCACCUGCUGUGCCAGGUGCUCUUCGACCGGCGGCAAAUGCCCCAAAUUACAAUUAUAUGGCUCGGUAUCCUCAGCCGCCUUACUUCCCACCUUACCAAUAGCCUCUGCAAUCCGCAAGCUGUGAAUCAUAUGGUGACCAUUAUCGAGAAAGACGAUUUUAAACUAAAAGGACACUACAUGUGCUAGUAUUACCUAAGUACGUUCUAAGAUGCGACUGCAGUGUUAACUUAGUAGGAGUGCAAGUGUGUUUUCCUUAAGACGAGACAUGUAAAUACUCUACAGUGUUAGAUACAUACCUAUUUAGCUUAUAAGCGAAUACUUUAGUUAACAUAAGUAUAAAGUGUAUAAUUUUUACAAUAGUUUAUUAUGUUGUUGUUAUUAAAUAUCUACAUAAUAUAAAAUUAAUGCUGAAA